AUGCGUUAUUACUUUUCCCCAUUAUCGAGAAAACAAUUUUCAGUUUUUACCACCAUAAAAUAUAAACUCCGACUGUAUGUUAUUGGAAAAUUUGAAGAGAUUGGUGCCAAUAGACUCCAUCAAUUUUCAUUUCAUUGUCAGAUCUCUUCCUCAAAAGCUUCAGCUGACACCAAAACAACCCCCAUUUCAUUUAUUUCUUCACCAUUUCUCCACCCCCCAAAAAAAAAAAAAAACAAAAAAUGUAAAACAUAUAUCAAUGAUGUAAUGUAGUUUAAGUGCUCUUUGGAUCUAAUCUAGUCACAGAGAAUCCUGAAUUCUUAAAUCUCCAUUCACUCUGAAACAAAAGUGUUCAUGGAGGGUUUUGGCGCCGAAGAUCUGUCCACAAUAGGCGGCAUAGCCACUGUUUCUCUUCUUCAUUCUUUCAUUCCCACCCAUUGGCUUCCAUUCUCCAUCGUCGGCCGUGCCCAAAAUUGGACCCUUUCUCGUACCCUUUUUGUCACCGCAUUUGGAGCAGUUUUGCACGUAAUAUCCACUUCUCUUCUUGGUAUAGCUGCAAUAACUAUGGCGAACACAAUUGCUGGUGAAGAAACAGUGCAUAAACUUGCUUCACUUUUGCUCAUAGUUCUUGGUGGUAGCUAUAUAUUGUUGUUUUUGUCUGGUAAGGGUGGACACAGUCAUUCUCAUAACCAACCCAUGGAGAAAAUGGCCGUCGCUGGCCUUGUCCUCGUUCCAGCAUUGUCUCCUUGUGCAACCACUCUUCCUGUGUUCCUGGCUGUCGGAAAUUCGUCUUCCAUGAUGGUACUUGCCAUUAUAGUGUUGCUAUUCAGCACAAUAGCAGUGAUGACCUCGCUGGUGGCUUCAUCCUUCUAUGGUGCUAGCCAGCUCAAGUUUCGCUGGGUGGAGCGAUACGACAAAGUUCUCGUGGGUUCGGUGCUAUGCUUGGUAGGGAUCCUAACACUCAUUUUUCACGAUCAUGAUGGAGAGGAGGGCUUGCAUGCACAUCAGGUGCACAGGAAAGUUAUUGGUCUUUGAGGACUGCAACAUCCUGGAAGCUUAUGUUUUGAUUAGAGGAUCCAUCCCAUCGUCCAAUUUAAACAGUUCAUUGUGCCGUAAGUGGAUUACAAGAUUGUUUUCUUGGUGCUAGCCAGUCUUGUAUGUGUUUAUGGUUAUGGCCACUUUGCCAUCAAUGGUCGAGGUUGUUUUGUUCUUUGUCGGUUACUUACAUGGACCAAUCCUAUAAAUAGCCAUUAAAAUGCUAAUUUGACUCGAACGAUAUGCAAAUACAAUGAGUUCUCUUCAUUUA